AUGAAGCCAAACUACCUUACUCCCGAAUACAAGUACCUUCUUAAUGAAAUGGACGUAUCGUACUUGCACGACUCUACGUUAAGCGUUACAGAGAAGACAGUGAACGAUGAACCAAGAAAAAUGGCCUCGGUUUACUAUUGUGGAAAACUGUUGCUUGACUUCCCAAUACCCACUAGGUCUGAGGCUCGCGAAAUGGCUAAACAGUGCGGAUGGACGAAAAUCUUGGAUGAAUUUAGCUAUUUUAGAUGCAUCCUAGCUGAAUUUCUAGUUGACGUGCAACGCAAGCACGUUGCCAAAAUAGCGUUGAUCGCUUGGAGGCGUGCUUAUGCUGAGUCUCGGAAAAGUUUCUGUAUUUCAGAAUAG